AGUAAACAAGUUAAACGAGAGCGAGUCUCUUCAACUAUUCUUUACAUUUACAUUUAAGCUGAUGAAUCCUGCUGCUGGUUUUCGGGAUCUAUCGUACGAAUUUCUAAAGUACGCCCAAGGCAAUCCACAUGCUCUUAAAGUUUUGGGUUCUCAACUCCAUAAAAAGUCUAGAAAAGAUUGGGAGAGUGAGUUGGAUAUGCAAAAGGAAUAUCCCCAACCAGAAAUCUCCAAGCUUUUGAAGACGAGCUUUCUUGGGCUUGAUGACUUAGAGAAGAAUAUCUUCCUUGAUACUGCAAUAUUCUUUAAUGGGGAACCCAAGGAAGAUGUAGAAGCAAUUCUAAGUAGCUGUUAUAAGGGUGCAAAGCGUGGAAUAGGCAAUUUGAUCGACAAGUGCCUUGUUGAAAUCAUACCUUCACAACGUAUUUCUAUGCGUGACAUGCUUGAAGAGAUGGGCAAGGAUAUCAUUCAUAAAGAACCAAAAAUUCCCGGAAUGCGUAAGACAUUAUGGAGUUCUAAAGAUGUGGUUCAAGUGCUCAAAUAUAAUAAAGGGACCGAAUCAAUUGAAGGAAUAAAGUUAGACAUGUCUCAAAUUGAAAUUGAUAACAUACAUCCUACCUUCUUUGAGAACAUGCUUAACCUUAGAUAUAUCCAAUUCUAUCAUCCUCGGUACUAUUUUACCAAGUCUUGGAAUAAGAAGCUACUUCCAACCGACUUGAUAUUGUGUAUCUACCUGAUGAGAUAAAGUAUUUUUGGUGGGAUUAUUAUCCUUUC